GAACCGCUGAGAGGACGCGAGGAGGCAGCAUGGAGAGCGCUCCGCCCGUUUUCGACAAGCCCAAGGUUGAACUGCAUGUACAUCUGGAUGGAGCCAUUAAACCCGAAACUAUUUUAAACUUUGGCAAGAAAAGAAAAGUUUGUCUCCCUGCAGAUACUGUAGAAGGCCUCCUACAACAUGUCAGCUACAAAGAGCCACUCUCUCUCACAGAGUUCCUAGCAAAGUUUUCACACUACAUGCCAGCAAUUGCGGGAGACCGUGAUGCUGUGAAAAGAAUGGCUUAUGAGUUUGUGGAAAUGAAAGCAAAGGAGGGAGUAAUCUAUGUUGAGGCCAGAUACAGCCCUCAUCUUCUUGCCAACUGCAAAGUAUGCCCUGUCCCUUGGGGCCAGGAACCGGGAGACCUCACUCCGGAUGAAGUGGUUAGCCUUGUUAAUCAGGGAUUGAAAGCUGGAGAGGAGGCUUUCAACAUCAAAGCCAGGUCUAUUCUAUGCUGCAUGCGCCACAUGCCAAGCUGGUCACCAGAAGUGGUAGAACUCUGCAAAAAGUAUCGGAAUGACUCUGUGGUUGCCAUAGAUUUGGCUGGGGAUGAGUCAAUAAAUGCUGAGACCUGCCCAGAACAUCGGAAAGCUUAUGAGGAAGCUGAAAGAUGUGGCAUUCAUCGGACGGUUCAUGCUGGUGAAGUUGGCCCACCUCAGGUCAUCAAAGAGGCAGUCAGCAUCCUAAAGGCAGAGCGAAUAGGCCAUGGCUACCACGUCUUAGAAGAUGAAGGUCUCUAUAUGCAGCUGUUGAAACAAAACAUGCAUUUUGAGGUAUGCCCCUGGUCAAGUUAUCUCACCGGAGCAUGUCAAUCCGGCUUUGCUAAUCAUCCAGUAGUAAGGUUUAAGAAAGACGGUGCAAAUUAUUCCUUGAACACAGAUGACCCACUCAUUUUUAACUCCACAAUUCACACAGACUACAAAAUAGCUAAGGAUUUCAUGGGUUUCACUGAAGAAGAAUUCAAGAGAGUGAACAUAAAUGCAGCCAAGUCUAGUUUCUUGCCGGAGGAGGAGAAGAAGGAGCUUCUCUACAAGCUGUAUGGUGCCUACGGGAUGGUAAAAAGCACAGAGUUCUAAUCCCUUCUGUGCCCUCAUGACAGCUUUUGCGCUAGCUGGAGAUACCUGUCUGUUUCUUGGAAGACAAUGCACAAACUUAGUAUUACAGUCUUGUUUACUAUCCAUAUCCACACAGUGGAUCAUGCACUACACACAGAGAACAGUAUUCCCUUGAUGUUUGUGUCAUAUCUGCAUAUAGGACCCAAAUCCCUUAGACUGGAUGGUUGCUGUCUAGAGUACUAACCACUAAAUUUUUGACUGGCAUAUAGGAAUGUUUGGGUUUUUUGAACAGGGACAAUUUUUAUUUUUCUGGUAGCUCAAUUUUCAUAAGGGGAUUAUGGCUUGUGAUGCAUGCUUCAUCUCACUUUACACUUUGGUAAAGUGGUUUGUACAAGUUUUUGUAUUGAUUCACAGACCUCUUAAACCUGAAGUGACAGAGGGACAAAGGUGCAUGUAUAUAAUGAGAACCAAAACAUCUACCUUAAAAACAGUUUCCUGCCUUCGGUCUUACAAAGAAAUCUCUAUAAUUGGUCUGUGUUCUGUUUGCCUUUAUAUGUUUACUGCUUUUAUGUUGAGAUUUGUCAUCUAUAGGUGAUCAAAAAACUCUGAGGAAAAUGAAUGUCACUUCAUCCUCAGAUGUCUGACAAAGUUUUAUAACUGAUGUAAUUCUGAGUUUGAUUGUUUUCAGCCUUAAUGCCACCUAACCACUUUUUAUUUCACUGGAGCUACAAUCUAAUGAUGGCAGCUCUUGUGUGUCACUAACAUCCUGAGAGAGUGGCUAGGAAUGCACUUUGUCCAAAAUGUCUUAAACAGGGUAUGUGGAAAGAACAAAACCAAAAGUUUUUUUUUAAAUCACCUGAGUUACCUGAAGAAGAAAACUUUUAAAUUUAUAAAUAUUUGAGGUGUCUUGUCCCCACCUGUAUCAUAAAAACAGCAGAUUGGUCCAAGCUACAUUACACAUAACAUUUGUUGUUUUCUGGCUUGAAGUUUGGUGGCAAACUAAUGUUCUGUGAUGGUACAAGAUGUCUUCCUAACCAUAUCAGGUGUUUUACAGCCCAAUACACCUUCCGGUCAAGCUGAACAAACAGAUUGUCACAGGAUUUAGUUCUGUUGAAUUAUUCAGUGGGACUAAUUUUGCCUUACAUGCAGGUACUUCAGUUUUACUCAGUUAACAGCUUGAGCUGCCAGUCAGUACCUUAAAGAAUAUGGCUAUAAGACUGAUACUAUUUUGUGCAGGAAGAGUAGCUAUAAUACAGUAUGAUUUUUCUUCUGGUCUCUGUGCAGUCCUUCAUAUUGGAGUGUUCCUGCACCAACCACAUAAUGGAACGAUCUAGAAACCCCUGAGUGUGAGCAAGCACUAACAGACUUGUUCUCAUUUGUGCCUAAACAUGUUGGAAUAUCAAGAGCCUCCACAUUUUUAGCUGUAACUGUGAUCUCCUUGGAAACAUCAGGUCUGAGAGAGCCUGUGCAAUACUCUGAUAUGGCCAAGGACUCCUGAGUCUUCCUUCUGGCACCUCUGGGCAAACUUAGAUGACUUAUCUGAGUACUCACAUGCCUCUAAGAAUCCAAAUAAUGCUCAGAGCUCCAAAACCUCUUAAAUAGCUGCAAGAUUCUGUGGAGAACAUGAAAUAAUUCAGUUUCUGACAGUUCCAUCCUAAGCAGAGCUGCAGCUUUUUGAGUCAAUGGGCUUAAAAAGGUUUAACUCUGCUUAUGGUGGCACUAUUAAAUGUGGUAGGUGUUCGGUAGUCCAAAUUGCAGCUCCUAGAAAAAGUGAAGUAUUAGGUCUUCACAUCUGUGGGACAUAAAUUAGCUUAAAUGCAAAUGCUUGGGUUUAACUGAGCCAUUGGCCAAGUUGUAAUAAAAUUCCAGUGGCAGUUUAUUCUUUCACAUGGGGAUUGUUAACACAGAGGUGGAGGUAGUGCAGUCACAGCUGAGCUUACAUUCUGUUGUGCUGAUGAGGAAUAAUAUAAAAAUAAUUCUGCAACACCGCAUAGCCAGGAGGCCUCCUUCCCCCUCCCCAAAUAUGGGGGGGGGGUAUUUUAAUGAUUUUGCUUUGUACUUUUUAAACGCUUGUUGGAUGAGAAUCUUUCAAAAUAUCUAUAAAGCCUCCUCACAGCUUAGCAGAACUUUUAGGCUUUUAUUUUAAGGAAUCUGGGGAACACUUCAAAUAUGUUUCAGAAUAACUCUUCUGUGGGAAAAACAUCUCUGGUUUGAUAUUUCCCAAGGACUAUGUGCCCCAAAACUCUGAUGUUCUGCAUUUUAUAUGUAUUUAGUAAUGCUAUGUAGUUUAAGUUUACAAUAUGUCAAAAAUACAUUGACAUAUUUGUGCCUAAUUUGUGCCUAAUUACAGAAGUUGGUGCUGUCAUGUCUCAGAGGGCUAGGAAGGUUGUUAUUGCAACACUUCAGACACCAAAAUCUGCCUCUGAAUUGUAUCUAUGAUGAUACUGUCUUACGAAAAAGACUGGAUGAGUUAUGACAACACAUCUCAGAGAAAAGUGAGCCAGUGAGUAAUGGCUUAUAUUACUUAUAGGAAAAUGUGUCUUUUAUUUUUUUAAAUAUAUCUAUCUCAAAGUAUGUGUAUACAAAAUUAUAUAUAUAUAUAUGAAUUAUUUUGUUCUUUUUAUAACAUUAAUGAGAAAGUUACCUUGCUUAGAAAUGGUUUUAAUGUUGUCAUAUCUUUUUGUUUUGUAAUCAGUGUGGAAUUUCCUGUUGAGGAAAUUGUUCACAUCUGAAGAACAAACAGAAUGUAUCUUUCAGUAUAAUGAAAUAAAUUUUAAUUUUGCUUUA